AUGAAUAGAGCUAGAGGGAGGACUUCGUGGUUUUGGUGUGAAGUGCGUCGGGAUUUCGUCGACCGAAUUUCUCAAGUGAAUUACAUGCCUUAUUACAUCAAACUCUUUCAAACGACACACCAGCUGUAUUUCACCAUAUACUUUUCAACUAAAAUAGCUCUUUUUAAUCAACUUUAUAAUUUGAAAUUAAUCUCAAAUUCGAUAUUGUAUAUGGAAUUGAAUUUCAAGAACCAAUACCACCCUUCGGAUUUGGCAUUCUUUCCACAUGAAUUACAUAUGGUUAAAGAUGAUUCAAUAAUAGCAACAAUUUCUACAAAUGAAACUCAAAUGAAGGUUCAUUUUGGUUUUGAUUUGACAUUUGAACAAUUGAUAGAACAAGAAAAUAAAGAAAAAAUAAAAAUGAAAGACGAAGAAUAUGGGGAUGCUAUGGAUUAUGUUGAAAGUUACUUUGAUAAUGGAGAGGCAGAUGAUGCAUUUGAUGACGAUGGUGGUGGAGGAGAGGCGUAUUUUGAUUAA